AUGCAAGUGAUUGGAUGUGUCCUGUUUUUCCUCCACAUGAGUAUUGCAUCCAAUGCUGCCUCCUGUCCUAAUGCAUGUGAUUGCUCAGAGUGGAAGAGUCGGACCAUCACUUGUAUUAACAUUGAUGUGAUCCCCGAUUUUCCUGCUAGCACGGAGUCAGUAUGGCUUUUUGACUCACAUCUGUCAUCUGUGCCAUCGGAUGCGUUUUCCAAUGUGGUGAACCUCUCAAUGAUACGUAUAUCAGUGGAUGUGACCCUGCAAAGGCUUGAGAGGAACUCAUUUCACAGCCUGAGGAAAAUCACCCACAUAGAAAUAAGGAACGCAAAGAAUUUAAACUACAUUGAUCCCGAAGCCUUUAAGAAUCUCCCAAACCUGAAAUACUUGGGUUUUUUCAAUACAGGCCUUGACCUCCUUCCUGACCUGAGCAACGUCCACUCUAAUGACAAAUACUUCAUCCUGGAAAUUGUAGAUCAUCCCCACAUUACUGUUAUCCCACCUAACUCCUUCCUUGGCAUCACCAGUGAUUUGCUGACAGUGAUGCUGUAUGGGAAUGGCCUCAGGGAAAUCCAACAUCAUGCGUUCAAUGGGACCAAGCUGGAUCAAGUUGAUCUUCACAGGAAUAAGUACUUGACCAAGAUGGAUGAAAGAGCUUUCGCCGGCGCCAUCAGUGGGCCAAUGCUUCUAGACGUAUCCCAGACGUGGAUCACCUCCCUGCCCAACAGCGGUAUGGAGUCCCUCAGAGAGUUGAAGGCCCAUAAUGCCUGGACCCUCAAAAAAUUGCCACCAAUCAAAAUCUUCAAGCACCUCACCACGGCCAAUCUCACGUACCCCAGCCACUGCUGCGGCUUCAAAAAUCUAAAAAAAAAACGAGGCUUUUUCGAGUACAUGAUCUGCAACCUGACGGCUUUCUACAACCAGCAUAAACGUUCAGUGGCGUCCCUACACACACCCUCAAUCCAAGGUAUGGUGGAAGAAAUCCCAGAAGAACCAAACGAUGGCAGUCACCGAGGCGACUUCCACGGCACCUUGCACUACCACGCCUACUUCGGGGGGCAUCCGGAUGAGGAUGUGGGCUUUGGAGAAACCCUCAUGAACAUCCAGGAGGACACCAACCAAUACUUUGAUAAUCGCUAUGAUUAUGUGGUGUGUGAUGAGGGGGAGGAGGUGAAGUGCUGGCCAGUUCCCGAUGAGUUCAACCCAUGUGAGGACAUCAUGGGUUUUGCCUUCUUAAGGGUGUCUGUGUGGUUUGUGAGCCUGCUGGCUGUUGUGGGGAACCUGGUGGUGCUCUCGGUGCUGCUCACCAGCCACUACAAGCUCUCUGUGUCGCGUUUCCUCAUGUGCCACCUGGCCUUCGCCGAUCUCUGCAUGGGGAUUUACCUGCUGCUCAUCGCCUCAGUGGACCUCCACACGCGAGCUGAGUACUAUAACCACGCCAUUGACUGGCAGAUGGGCCCCGGCUGCGCACUCGCUGGGUUCUUCACCGUGUUUGCAAGUGAGCUGUCUGUCUAUACAUUGACUGUGAUCACGCUGGAGAGAUGGUACGCCAUCACGUUUGCAAUGAGGCUGGAUCGUAAAUUGCAUCUUCACCAUGCCGCUGCAGUGAUGCUUGGGGGCUGGACCUUCUGCUUCCUGCUAGCGCUGCUCCCACUAGUCGGAGUUAGCAGCUACCAGAAGGUUAGCAUCUGUCUCCCGAUGGACAUCCAGUCCACCGAGGCGCUGGUCUAUGUCAUCUCUGUGCUAGUCCUCAAUGUCCUGGCCUUUCUUGUAAUCUGCGCUUGCUAUGUCAAGAUCUACUGCGCUGUGCACAAUCCCGAAUCCCACUCCGGGUGUAAGGAUACAAAGAUCGCGAAACGCAUGGCAGUCCUCAUCUUUACAGACUUUCUCUGCAUGGCACCAAUUUCCUUCUAUGCCAUGUCGGCAGUGUUAGACCAGCCACUCAUCACAGUCUCCAACUCCAAGAUAUUGUUGGUGCUCUUUUACCCACUCAACUCGUGUGCCAACCCGUUUCUGUACGCCAUCUUCACUAAAGCUUUCAGAGGGGAUGUGUUCAUCCUCCUCAGUAAAAUUGGUCUGUGCCAGCGGCAGGCACAACUGUUCAGAGGUCAGACCGUUUCCUCUAAAGGCAGCAGUGGGACGUCCCAAGUCCGAAAAGACAAAGACACGUUUAGAAAAGUAAGAGUUUCAGGCCAAAAAAACGCAAAUAUUCACCUGAAGAAAUCCUCCGCGAGUAAAUACCAUCCGGUGGUGGGCCUGCAGGCAAACCUUGAAGAGAACCAGAACCUGGAGACGUGAGCUAAACCGGGCCGGGGCUCUCAAAGGAAGAGACGUCGAGGCCUUGAAGCGUUUGUCGGCGGAUCUGUUUGAAUAUUUAACACAACGCUCCAGCGGGCAUCCAUUCCAACUUCAGCUGUUUUCACAAUUUCAGCUGUGAGG